UGUGCAUCCUUUGCUCGACGCCAUCACUGCUGGAGAGCUUCUCUGCUCCGCAAAGGCGAGGCAGAGCAAGAUAAGACCAGCUGCCCGAAGCCUGUUUCCCCGGAACGGGCUGGGAGCUGCUAUCGGAGACCAGGGUGUCAUCACACGUGCGUGGCAGGCUAGACUGGGGGCUGCGCGCCGGAGCCCGGGCAGACAGCGCAGGGCUCCCGCAAGAGGCGGCGCCGCUUCCCCGGCCGGCGCGCGCGGAGCCCGGAGCGAUGUCCCGCGCAGCCCCCGCGCUCCUGGCGCUGCUGCUGCCGCUGCUGCCCGCAGCUCGCGGUGAUUGUGCACCCCCUCCCAGAUUCAGUUUUGCUGAGCUAGUCACAAGUUUGGAUUCCUAUCGCAUUGGGACUGAAGUGACCUAUCGCUGUCGGCCAGGUUUCAUUCGUGUUGGUGGAAAGUCUCCUGUCAUUACUUGUCAAGAUAACUCUACCUGGUCACAACACUCUGAGUUUUGUAUGGCAAAACAGUGCCCAGCUCCAGACAUACCGAAUGGUCGGCCUAUUGUAACUGAUCUCCGGUUGGGUGCGAGAGUCAACUUUACCUGUUCUGCCGGCUACAGAUUAAUUGGCAGCCAUUCUCUUCGAUGUGUACUCGAUGUCGGAAGCAAUGUUCGUUGGGAUGGCGAGUUUCCCUCCUGUGAAAAAAUCCCUUGUUUGCCACCCCCUGAAGUCGCCAAUGGAGCCCAUUCUGGUGAGGGGGAAGGCUAUGUCUUUGGCUCUUCAGUGACUUAUACAUGCAAGAGUGGUUUCAGUCUGGUUGGAGAGGCCUCCAUUCACUGUACCACAGAAGAUAACCUCCACGGUGUCUGGAGCCCUGCCCCUCAGUGUAAAGAGGUGAAGUGUCCAGUCCCGGUGGUUCCACAUGGGAAAAAAAAGUCUGGAUCAGUCGCUGUCUAUUCCUAUGGAGACACAAUAAUAUUUGAGUGCAAUCCUGGCUACUUGCUGAGGGGAGGUGGCGAUGGUGUGAUUCGAUGCGCAGAGGAUAACACCUGGAAGCCUUCUGUGCCAAUCUGUGACCCAGGGCCGGGGGCAAAUUCAACAGAAGAAGAAGCUCAACCUAAAUCAGGGAAUGCAUAUAAAAUGGCUUUUGGUGUUCUAGCACCAGUCGUGGUGGGUUGUGUCAUUUGCAUUGGAGGUGUACUUCUGUACCAGAAUAAUAAAAAGGGUACUUAUGAAGCACCACCAAGCGCCACGACAGAUCCACGUCAAGAAGACUCUAAUUCAGUGACGAGAAAAACAAAUGACACCUUGAAAUAAAAAUCUGUUGAUGGGAAUGUCUGAUCUGUGGCUGAAUGUCCCCAGAUUAUCUAGGAUUUACCAUUUUGGAGACACAAAAUUGUCAGAAAAGAAUGGAAAAGCUUACUGAGUCUGUCUAGUGAAGUGAGAUCUCUCCAAGGCUACUGCUGGUACUUGCACUAUAAGUUCUUUCCUCUUUUGAAUGGGAUUACAGUACGGCUCCUCUGCAUACAAGAACAGCAGAAAGACAAGACCCGGAUGGCCCCUCUUGCCUUUGAAAACGGGACCUUGGGACAAGUGAGGGGGCGUGCAGCCUCCAAACUGACUUGCUGGUCACAUGUAGGUAGGCACUGUCACAGUGCCAAAUGCUUUUCCCUAGUGAAAUCACUAGCCAGCCGGAUGUGGCGUGAUGUGAACCGAGCUGUGGUUUUAGCUGUAAGGAUAUAAUUAGCCUAUUCAGCUGCCCAUUGACAGGUUUCCAUUUUUACGUUCUUUAAAUGCAUUUAAGGACACCAAAGAAACCUGUGUGGAAGAUUUUUAAUCCUUGCUCUAUUUUGCUUGAAUGCACACUUCACUUCUCUCUCUUGUAUAUAAUUUUCAAGUUACACUCUUCAGAAACAUUGGCCUUUUGUUCCCUAGCACUGAUUUUUGUCACAAACUUGCUAUUUAGUGUGUCUCCCAAACGUGAAAAGAGAAAAGUGUGUGAAUUUACAUGGGUGUCCCAAAGCUGUGGGGAUAGGUAUUACUGAAUUUUUUAAUUUUUUUUUAGUUCUCUUGGGGGGAGAAGAAAAUUUUUUCUUAAAAAAUAAAAUACUGGUUUCAUUAUUAACUAUCUUUUCUUUAUAAAAGAUAAGUAAUCCAAUUAGAAGCAGCCUCCACAACAAGUGGUUUGGUGCCUAAAUUAUUUUUGUAGUUUCCAUAUUCAAGAACAUCUUGCAGAUCUUAAGCUUUUUUUAAGCCAGGAAAUGUCUCUCUACUGCAUAAAAGGGGGAUUCAUAGUCUGCAUGAGCACUUUGUCAUAUAUAAAGAGAAAGGUAUACAGAGCAUUUACCUUUUUUUUUUUUUUAAACUGUAAGCUGCGUGGCUUAGCAAGAGGAACACAUCUUUUGAUGUGUGGAGCAAUGGUGACGGAAGGAACGUGUGACCUUUACAUUGUUUUUAUGAAUUUAUUUUUCUUAAAUAAAGAAAUCCUCGAUAAAUUGUUGGAA